UUCUCUAGAAAUAGUGGUUGCCUCAAUGAAGAAAACUAAUGUAUCAGGAAAUGGCAUUAUUGGCAGGCAAAGCAGAGGCCGACUUUACCUCCUUCAGAAUCAAAAAUAUAGAAAACCUAUGUGAGGUGCAGACCAGGAAGGGGGUCUUCUAUAAAACAGCUAAGCUCCUUCGUCCAGGUGAGGAGCGAUGUUACAGGGGGCAAGUGGAAGACAGAAUGCGACAUAUAAUUAUCAACGUAGGUGGCAUCAAGUACCGAAUCCCAUGGACCACUCUGGAAGACUGUCCAUUGACAAGGCUGGGAAAACUAAGAACCUGUAAUAAUUAUGAUGAAAUAAUGGAUGUAUGUGAUGAUUAUGACAUUAACUGCAAUGAGUUCUUUUUCGAUCGUAACCCUUGUGCCUUUAGGACUAUUAUGACUUUUUUGGCAGCUGGGAAACUGAGGAUACUAAGAGAAAUGUGUGCCCUAUCCUUCCAGGAAGAACUUAUAUAUUGGGGGAUAGAGGAGGAACAACUGGAGUGGUGCUGCCUUAGAAAACUGCAGCAGAAGGAAGAGGAACUGGCUGAGGCCAAGAUGUAUGAGGGAGAAUUUGGCACCUCCAAGGAAAAUUCACAAAGUGCCUUGGAGGACAGUGGGCGAUUGGCCCAGUGCAUGAAACAUCUCAGGGACAUGGUUGAGAACCCCCACUCAGGGAUUCCUGGGAAGAUUUUUGCCUGUUUAUCGGUCUCCUUUGUGGCCAUCACAGCCGUUAGCCUCUGUAUCAGCACCAUGCCAGACUUUAGAGAAGAGGAAGAAAGGGGUGAAUGUUCUCAGAAGUGCUACAAUAUUUUUGUUCUAGAGACAGUUUGCGUGGCUUGGUUUUCCUUGGAGUUCAUCCUACGCUUUAUCCAGGCUGAGAGUAAGUGUGUAUUCCUAAGAACACCGCUUAACAUCAUCGACGUGAUGGCCAUCUUGCCUUAUUAUAUCACUCUGAUAGUGGAUUCACUAUCAGGAGAAAAGACUGGAGGAACAGGAAAUAACUACUUGGAAAAGGUGGGACUAGUACUUCGCGUACUGCGAGCUUUGCGCAUCUUUUAUGUCAUGAGGCUAGCAAGGCACUCUCUUGGACUGCAGACCCUUGGACUCACAGUCAGAAGGUGCACCAGAGAAUUUGGGCUACUUCUUCUGUUUUUGUGUGUUGCUAUGGCACUGUUUUCUCCUCUUGUAUAUCUUGCAGAGAAUGAGCUAGGUGCCAAACAGGAAUUCACCAGUAUCCCUGGAAGUUACUGGUGGGCAGUAAUCUCCAUGACAACUGUAGGCUAUGGUGACAUGGUUCCGCGAAGCAUCCCAGGACAGGUGGUGGCCCUAAGCAGCAUACUGAGUGGUAUUUUGCUUAUGGCAUUUCCUGUGACAUCCAUAUUUCACACAUUCUCUCGCUCUUACACCGAACUGAAAGAGCAGCAGCAAAGAGCAAGCAGACAGAUGCACAUACUAGAAGAAAGAGAGUGCACUGAGUAAGAUCUCCACAAAGUUGAGCAUCUAAUGGGUCUUCGGUGAUUGCAAGCAGUAUCAUACACUGUAGAGAACUAUUCUUUUAUAAGGGUACUAAAAUAUCAAACAUGGAACAAUUUUAAACAGUUUCAUUGAACAUUUGUUCCAUUCACUUUUGGUUGGAUUUUAAGUUAAUUGUAGAUUAUGACUUGUUUUCUAUUAAUCUAAUUAAAUUGCUAUAUUUGGUUACGUACUGGAUUAAUAUAAAAUAUAAACUUAAAUGACUUUUUAAUUUCAUUUCCAGUUUUCUUCAGACAACUGAGAAUAUCUACAGCAUUAUUUAGACAUUGAACUUGCUUUACUGUAGUCUUGUUCUUUUAAGAAAUAACAAAUUCUUCACUGAAUUCUGUCUUAUUUUAAGUCUACAUUUUGAAGUAAGCUUUAAAGGAAAUCAGAUUUAUUUAAAUUAGUAUAUUUAUAUGUUCAUAUUCUAGUGUAAAUUAGUUUAUAUUUUCACAGACUGCAAAAAUGCUU